AUGGGGAAAGCACCUCUAUACGAGCGCUAUUCAGUGAAUAUUUCGCCCAGGCUCAGUAUCAACUCUUCUCUUGAACCCGGGUUGACGCCUAGCAUCUAUCGCCAGGCUCCGUCCCCUGAGGUUGAUGCAGCUUGGAGUCGAGUAACGAGCACACACCUCUUCCCUAUGCGCAAGGAAGAGGUUGUGAAAAUGGGUAAAGAUCCCAACUAUGUUGCGCUUAUGCCAGAAGAAUUCGGCUUCGGAGAGGACUUACAUGCUGGAUUUAUGGACGUAUUUCACAAGAUUCAUUGUCUCGACGUCCUGCGGCGGGAGGCACAUAGUGUUUGCAGUGAUUAUUACGGUGCUUCCAGCAAGUCGCCUCUGGGCCAAGCUCACUUAGAUCAUUGCAUUUAUAUACUCCUCGAUGGGCUCAUGUGUAAGCCGAAUAUGCAAAUCAUACCAUACAUCUGGCUAGAGGGUCACCCUACGCCAACGCCAGACUUCAUCAACACUGAUGUUUGUUGGGAUUUUGAGAAUGUUAUAACGUCGCACACCUACUUCUCGCACACCCCCACAUUUCGCAUACCUAUAAAUCGCUUAUGUAGAAUUUUACCCUCUUCAACAUUCUUUAAUAUCUUUACUACUUUUAUAGCGAUUAUUAUAAUUCUUUAA